UUUUCAUACUCCAAAAAAAAAAGUGAAAAACCCUUCUUCUUCAUCUCCAAUUCCAGCCAUGGCUGAAGUACUACACCAAGAACAAUCACCAUCUUCUUCUUCUUCAUCUUCUUUUUCUUCUUUAGCCGUAGCAGUGAACAAUAGUUUUUCUAUGGUAACUGACUGUGAAGCAGAGGAGAUGAAUGUCACAGAGAGAGAAAAGACAGCACAAGAACUAUCCCUUUUGGCCAUUCUUGUGACCCUUUUCAGGAAAACCUUUAUUUCUUGCUCCACUGAUGUUGCCAUGGAAAUUGGUCACCCUACUAACGUGCGCCAUGUUGCGCAUGUUACUUUUGAUAGGUUUAAUGGUUUCUUGGGUUUGCCUCUUGAGUUUGUACCUCAAGUCCCUACUACACCUCCUAGUGCUAGUGCAACUGUUUUUGGAGUUUCAACAGAAUCCAUGAAGUUAUCAUAUGACACAAGAGGGAACAUUGUGCCAACAAUUCUACUACUAAUGCAAGAACACUUGUAUGCUCAAGGAGGAUUACAGGCAGAGGGAAUUUUCAGAAUUAAUGCAGACAAUAGACAAGAGGAAAAUGUUAGGGAUCAGUUAAAUAAAGGAGUGGUCCCUCAAAACAUUGAUGUACAUUGUUUAGCAGGUUUGAUUAAGGCUUGGUUUAGGGAGCUGCCAAGAGGUGUUCUGGAUUCUUUAUCUCCAGAUCAGAUAAUGCAAUGUCAAACAGAAGAGGAUUGUGCCGAACUGUCAAAUCAGCUACCUCAUACUGAAGCUUCCCUUUUGGAUUGGACUAUCAAUCUCAUGGCUGAUGUUGUACAAGAGGAACAUCUGAAUAAGAUGAAUGCACGCAACAUCGCCAUGGUUUUUGCACCAAACAUGACUCAGAUGGCAGACCCUUUGACUGCAUUGAUGUAUGCAGUUCAAGUGAUAAAUUUCUUGAAGACACUUGUAUCAAGGACACUAAGGGCAAGGAAGAUGUUGCAAGAUGAUAAUAGUCUUUUGAAGUCAUGCCAACAAGAUGUUGAUGGAACAGAAAAUGAAGUGCUAAUCAAUGAAGCAAUUUGAGCUGCAUAGAUUCAAGACUAGUUAGAAGUUUGGCAGUUAAAAAAGCACAAUUGUUUGUUUGACAUGUCUUAAGUUGCAACUUGCAAGCACAAAUGUAAAGUGAUUCCUUUCUGUCAUUUAUGGCAUUAUAUUUUUGUUUGACAUGUCUUAAGUUGCAACUUGCAAUGACAAGAUUUUGUAGUGGUUCAGUUUUAUUGUUUCCUUGGUUUGUUUGACUUGUCUGAUUUUUAGAAAUGGCACUAUGAUCAAAACUAGCAUAGUAUAGAAAUAAAUUCAGAGUAUUGAAGGUGAUGUGUACAUUUGUAUGAGUAAGCAUUAUUCUAAGGUUUAUUUAAACAGUA